CUUGGCAACAGUCAACAAUUGGAACAUGACGGUGGCCACGCUUCGACGAGUACAGCGUGACGUCCAUUCACGACCUCCGUUCAUAUUGACGAGCAAGUUGAUGAGAGGAAUGGUAUGGAAAAAUUUGUGGGCGACAACGACGAGUCAAGAAGAGAUAAAGUGCAGGCCGAACAUCAAUCGUUCCAUCCCCCGUCGCAACGGGAGGAUUCCGCGGAGGACAAAGAGUCAGCGGAUCGCUUUGCGACAAUGGAAUCUCCCAAGGUUUGCACGGGUUCGGAACCGCAAAUGGCCACGGAACCAAUGCCCAUGCAAGGAACUGAGUUGACAAGAGAAGAGUCGGGGCCACAGUUGAAGGGGAUAGAAGAUUUGUCAGAGAACACACCUGAUUUGAUGCUUCGACUGCUUUCUGAAGGCGACGUACUCAAGGGUGGGUCAGGUGGUGUACAGAGGAAAGAGAACGUUGUGGCCUCAAUGGGAAGAGACGAUGACGAACUUCAACGAACCACGACGAUUGGCGACAAGCAUCAACAGCCUAAGCUCAAGAGAGAGGAUGACGAUGAUGUCAUUGACAUCGGGACACAAUCAGGAACGUCUCCGAUGGGGACUCCGGUGAAGUGCUUCAACUGUAACGGAGGUGGCCACUUCGUACGGGAAUGCCCGAGUACCAAGAGUCAGAAUGGCAACGGGAAUUCCGCGUCUGCACCCUCGACUCCUCGUUUUUGGACACCCAGACGUAAUCCGGAAGAGAAUGAGGAACGCGAGUUUCUUAAACAGCUAAUACAGGAGAAGAGAGAAGAACAGGCCAGGAGGAGGGAGUUAGACGAGCAAAUAAGGUUUGACGAGAAGUUGAGAUCGGAGAUGGCGAGGUACGCUGAGGCGACCAAGGCAGAAAUUAUGGCGGCAGUUGGGAGGCAGUACUUAGGACAGGGAGAUGAAGCAAGGAGGGAAGAGUUGAAGAGGGGAUGGUGCACUCCUCCCCUGAGGAAGGAUGACCAUCGCUUGGAAGAAGAUCUGGGAGAUGUCGAUGACAUUGAUUUGGAGAUUAGGCGGUUGGAACUUCUUCGGGAGAAGAGACGUCGUGGAAAAGAACCGGUACGUGGUGGGAUUAAUUUCCGACAGCCAUCCUUUUCGACUGGACCAGGUCGGUUGAUGACCCGGCGAUUCGAGGUGAAUGCUCCCAGGAUGGAGGAGAGCGGAGGAGGAAGGUCCCAGCAGGGUCUGGUACAGAGGGUUUACUUUAAUAUGUUUUGGAUCAGAAGGAGUUGUCCGCUUUGAGACAGGAUGAGCUCAAGCGGAUCUGUGCGCGCGAAGGUCUUCAAUAUGACACCAAGGGACCAUCUAUUGAUCGGAUUAUAGCAGCUCGGGCGAAGGUGGCCUACGAAGGUUUCGUGUUUUCUCCUGCUCCGUCUGCGCCAAGCUCACCAGAGGGGAUAUCUUCGCAAUCUAAGUGACUGCGGGAUUAUGCUUGUUGGAAAAUGUGGGAUAAUCUGCUGCAUUGGAUGAGUUGCAGGAUCAGAGCCUUCCAAGCUGAUGUACCGUUCAGGGAGUGUCUGGUUUUUGAUAAAUGUGUUUCGCUAUG